UCUAACCCCUGAUUUUGUAGAUUAUUGCUCUGAGAAGAGCAAAGAGGAGAAAUAUGGAACGGUUGGUUUUGGCUUGUGGAGGGGAGGCAGUGAACUCUGUAGAUGAUUUAACUCCUGAUUGCCUUGGCUGGGCUGGACUUGUAUAUGAGCACGUCCUUGGUGAAGAGAAGUACACAUUUGUCGAAAAUGUGAAGAACCCUCAUUCUUGCACAAUCUUAAUCAAAGGGCCUAAUGAUCAUACAAUUGCCCAGAUUAAGGAUGCUGUUCUUAUUUACUCUAAUUAACGUUUUUCUGGUUUUCAACAGUCUUCAAUUAUGACAGUGAGGACUGGGAAGGAAGACAUUAGAGCCAUAACAAGGAUGCCCACUCUGCGGUAAUGAUCCAAAGCUCGAGAA